UGAAUGGAGAGAGCGAGCGCCGGCCGGCUCACCCGGCCGCCCCGUGCCCCAGCCGCCGCCGCCGCGCUCCCGAGCUCAGCCCUAAGUCGGACCUCCUUAGGCGCCGUGCCCACUGCGCUCGCCCCCAGGUCCCCGACCCGGCUGACGCCUCGGGUCGCGGGCCAGCGGGCCCAGGAGGCGCUCGGUACCUGGGCACUCCGAGCGAUGCACAGCGGGGCACAAGCAGCCCCGCGGAUGGAGCUGCUGCUUCUGCCGCUGCUGCCGCCGCCGCCGUCCGGCGCACCCCGCUCCGCCCGCGCCCCGUGCGCCUGAGCGCCGAGCUCGCUCCUCCUCCGCGCCAACUCCGCCGCCCGCUCCCCAGGCCGCUUGGGCUCCGCGCGCGCUUCCCCGGGCUCCGCGCGUCUUGCCCCGCCGAGGCAGCCUCCUCUGGGCGCGGGCCCCUGCACACCAUGGCCCCCGGGCGGACCGGGGCCGGCGCCGCCGUGCGCGCCCGCCUGGCGCUGGCCUUGGCGCUGGCGAGCGUCUUGAGCGGGCCCCCAGCCGCCGCCUGCCCCACCAAGUGUACCUGUUCCGCCGCCAGCGUGGACUGCCACGGACUGGGCCUCCGGGCUGUUCCCCGGGGCAUACCCCGCAACGCCGAGCGCCUUGACCUGGACAGAAAUAAUAUUACCAGGAUCACCAAGAUGGACUUUGCUGGACUCAAGAAUCUCCGAGUCUUGCAUCUGGAAGACAACCAGGUCAGCAUCAUCGAGAGAGGCGCCUUCCAGGAUCUGAAGCAGCUGGAGCGAUUGCGCCUGAACAAGAAUAAGCUCCAGGUCCUCCCAGAACUGCUUUUCCAGAGUACACCGAAGCUCACCAGACUAGAUCUGAGCGAAAACCAGAUCCUGGGGAUCCCGAGGAAGGCGUUCCGUGGCAUCGCCAACGUGAAGAACUUGCAACUGGACAACAACCACAUCAGCUGCAUUGAAGAUGGAGCCUUCCGAGCGCUGCGCGAUUUGGAGAUCCUCACCCUCAACAACAACAACAUUAGCCGUAUCCUGGUCACGAGCUUCAACCACAUGCCGAAGAUUCGAACUCUGCGCCUGCACUCCAACCACCUGCACUGUGACUGCCACCUGGCCUGGCUGUCGGACUGGCUACGACAGCGGCGGACUAUUGGCCAGUUCACACUCUGCAUGGCUCCUGUGCACCUGAGGGGCUUCAACGUGGCAGAUGUGCAGAAGAAGGAGUACGUGUGCCCAGGCCCCCACUCCGAACCUCCAUCCUGCAAUGCCAACUCCCUCUCCUGCCCCUCGGCCUGCACUUGCAGCAAUAACAUCGUGGACUGUCGAGGGAAGGGCUUGACUGAGAUCCCCGCCAACCUUCCAGAGGGCAUCGUCGAAAUACGCCUGGAACAGAACUCCAUCAAAUCCAUCCCUGCUGGAGCCUUCACCCAGUACAAGAAACUGAAGCGAAUAGACAUCAGCAAGAAUCAGAUAUCGGACAUUGCUCCAGAUGCCUUCCAGGGUCUGAAAUCACUCACAUCACUGGUGCUCUAUGGGAACAAGAUCACCGAGCUUGCCAAGGGACUCUUUGAUGGGCUGGUGUCCCUACAGCUGCUCCUCCUCAAUGCCAACAAGAUCAACUGCCUGCGAGUGAACACGUUUCAGGACCUGCAGAACCUCAACCUGCUCUCCCUGUAUGACAACAAGCUGCAGACCAUCAGCAAGGGACUCUUUGCCCCUCUGCAGGCCAUCCAGACCCUCCACUUAGCGCAAAACCCAUUUGUGUGUGACUGCCACUUGAAGUGGCUGGCUGACUACCUGCAGGACAACCCCAUCGAGACGAGCGGGGCCCGUUGUGGCAGCCCACGCCGGCUGGCCAACAAGCGCAUCGGCCAGAUCAAGAGCAAGAAGUUCCGCUGCUCAGGCUCAGAGGAUUACCGCAGCAGGUUCAGCAGUGAGUGCUUCAUGGACCUUGUAUGCCCCGAGAAGUGUCGCUGCGAGGGUACCAUCGUGGACUGCUCCAACCAGAAGCUGGCCCGCAUCCCAAGCCACCUCCCCGAAUACGUCACUGAUCUGCGACUGAACGACAAUGAGCUAUCUGUUCUCGAGGCCACUGGUAUCUUCAAGAAGUUGCCCAACCUGCGGAAAAUAAACCUGAGUAACAACAAGAUCAAGGAGGUGAGAGAGGGUGCCUUCGAUGGAGCGGCCGGUGUGCAGGAGCUGAUGCUGACCGGGAACCAGCUGGAAACACUGCAUGGACGCAUGUUCCGGGGACUCAGCAGCCUCAAGACCCUGAUGCUGAGGAGUAACCUGAUCAACUGCGUGAGCAAUGACACGUUUGCUGGCCUGAGUUCAGUGAGGCUGCUGUCCCUCUAUGACAAUCGGAUCACCACCAUCACCCCUGGAGCCUUCACCACACUUGUCUCCCUAUCUACCAUAAACCUCCUGUCCAACCCCUUCAACUGCAACUGCCACCUGGCCUGGCUCGGCAAGUGGUUGAGGAAGAGGCGGAUCGUGAGCGGGAACCCCCGGUGCCAGAAGCCAUUCUUCCUCAAGGAGAUCCCCAUCCAGGAUGUGGCCAGCCAGGACUUUACCUGUGAAGGCAAUGACGAGAGUAGCUGCCAGGUGGGCCCCCACUGCCCAGAGCAGUGCACCUGCGUGGAGACGGUGGUCCGGUGCAGCAACAGGGGGCUGCACGCCCUCCCCAAAGGCAUUCCCAAGGACGUGACCGAACUGUACCUGGAAGGAAACCACUUAACAGCCGUGCCCAGGGAGCUGUCCGCCCUCCGACACCUGACACUUAUUGACCUGAGCAACAACAGCAUUGGCGUGCUGACCAACUACACCUUCAGUAACAUGUCUCACCUCUCCACCCUGAUCCUGAGCUACAACCAGCUGCGGUGCAUCCCCGUCCACGCCUUCGACGGGCUGCGGUCUCUCCGAGUGCUGACCCUCCACGGCAAUGACAUUUCCAGCGUUCCCGAAGGCUCCUUCAGCGACCUGACAUCUCUUUCCCAUCUGGCGCUGGGAACCAAUCCACUCCACUGUGACUGCAGUCUGCGCUGGCUGUCGGAGUGGGUGAAGGCGGGGUACAAGGAGCCUGGCAUCGCCCGCUGCAGUAGCCCCGAGCCCAUGGCCGACAGACUCCUGCUCACCACCCCCACCCACCGAUUCCAGUGCAAAGGGCCAGUGGACAUCAACCUUGUGGCCAAGUGCAAUGCCUGCCUCUCCAGCCCGUGCAAGAACAACGGGACUUGCAGCCAGGAUCCCGUGGAGCUCUACCGCUGCACCUGCCCCUAUGGCUACAAGGGCGGAGACUGCACUGUGCCCAUCAACACCUGCAUCCAGAAGCCCUGUCAGCACGGAGGCACCUGCCACCUGAGCGAGAGCCACAAGGAUGGGUUCAGCUGCUCCUGCCCUCUGGGCUUCGAGGGCCAGCGGUGUGAAAUCAAUCCAGAUGACUGUGAGGACAACGACUGUGAGAACAAUGCCACCUGUGUGGACGGGAUCAACAACUACGUGUGCGUCUGCCCUCCUAACUACACGGGUGAGCUGUGCGACGAGGUGAUUGACCACUGCCUGCCCGGGAUGAACCUCUGUCAGCAUGAAGCCAAGUGCAUCUCCCUGGACAAAGGAUUCAGGUGCGAAUGUCUCCCCGGCUACGGCGGGAAGCUCUGCGAGGUGGACAACGAUGAUUGCGUGGCCCACAGCUGCCGCCAUGGGGCCCAGUGCAUGGAUGCGGUCAACGGCUACACGUGCGUCUGCCCCCAGGGCUUCAGUGGGCUCCUCUGUGAGCAGCCCCCACCCAUGGUCCUGCUUCAGACCAGUCCCUGUGACCAGUACGAGUGCCAGAAUGGGGCCCAGUGCAUCGUGGUGCAGCAGGAGCCGACCUGUCGCUGCCCCCCGGGCUUCGCCGGCCCAAGGUGCGAGAAGCUCAUCACCGUCAACUUUGUGGGCAAAGACUCCUACGUGGAACUAGCCUCUGCCAAGGUCCGGCCCCAGGCCAACAUCUCCCUGCAGGUGGCCACGGACAAGGACAACGGCAUCCUUCUCUACAAGGGGGACAACGACCCCCUGGCGCUGGAGCUGUACCAGGGCCACGUGAGGCUCGUCUAUGACAGUCUGAGCUCCCCACCAACCACGGUGUACAGUGUGGAGACUGUGAAUGAUGGGCAGUUUCACAGCGUGGAGCUGGUGAUGCUAAACCAGACCCUGAACCUGGUGGUGGAUAAAGGAGCCCCCAAGAGCCUGGGAAAGCUCCAGAAGCAGCCGGCAGUAGGCAUCAACAGUCCCCUCUACCUCGGAGGCAUCCCCACCUCCACGGGCCUCUUGGCCCUGCGCCAGGGCACGGACCGGCCCCUGGGUGGCUUCCACGGCUGCAUCCACGAGGUGCGCAUCAACAACGAGCUGCAAGACUUCAAGGCCCUCCCGCCACAGUCCCUGGGAGUGUCACCGGGCUGCAAGUCCUGCACCGUGUGCAAGCACGGCCUGUGCCACUCCGUGGAGAAGGACAGCGUGGUGUGUGAGUGCCACCCAGGCUGGACGGGCCCACUGUGCGACCAGGAGGCCCGGGACCCCUGUCUGGGCCACAGCUGCAACCAUGGGAAAUGUGUAGCAACCGGGACCUCGUAUGUGUGCAAGUGUGCAGAAGGCUACGGCGGGGCCACGUGUGACCGCAAGAAUGACUCCAGCGCCUGCUCUGCCUUCAAGUGUCACCAGGGGCAGUGCCAUUCCUCAGAUCGAGGGGAGCCCUACUGCCUGUGCCAGCCUGGCUUCAGUGGGGAGCACUGCGAGCAAGAGAACCCGUGCCGGGGGGAGGUUGUCCGAGAGGUGAUCCACCGCCAGAAAGGUUACGCCUCGUGUGCCACGGCCUCCAGAGUGCCCAUCAUGGAGUGUCGUGGGGGCUGUGGGCCCCAGUGCUGCCAGCCCACCCGCAGCAAGCGGCGGAAAUACGUCUUCCAGUGCACCGACGGCUCCUCGUUCGUGGAAGAGGUGGAAAGACACCUAGAGUGUGGCUGCCGCCAGUGUUCCUAAGGCCGUUGGCCCGCCUGCCCCCCACCUCUCAGACUCCAGCUUCGUGGGGCUGGGACAGCCAUGUGGGACCCCCUCGAGAUUCGAGGUGAAGAAGUAGAAGCUGGAGAGGAAGCAGAAGAAGAGAAUAUUAAGUAUAUUGUAAAAUAAACAAAAAAUAGAACUUAUUUUUAUUAUGGAAAGUGACUAUUUUCAUCUUUUAUUAUAUAAAUAUAUCACACCGUCUGAGUAUAUGUACCAUAUAGUGAGUUAUUUUUACCAAGUCUUGUGUAUUUGUCACGUUUUUAUAAACAGCUGUUAAAAAUUUUAAGAAAAAAGACUAAUAAAAAUGUUUUAAAACAAAACGGUAAGAAUAAAGAAGUGCUAGCCUGUCCGAGGAGGAAGAAGGACGUUUUUAUGUUGAUGAAACAGUAUCGUGUCAGCAGAAACCAAGACCUGCUUACCGAGCUCAGGAAAAGGAAUGAUAAGAGGAAGAGAAGGAAAAGAUUUUUCUUUGUUUCUUCUUAUUUUUAAUGACUCUUUUUCUCUUCCCUAAAAGCACCCAGCUUUCAAGCCCUGGUUGCCGAAGCCCGUCCUUCCAGGAAAAGCCGCCGCAGCCCCGCUGCCUCCACCUCACAGUCGCCGCCCCCACCUGCCCCGGGCCGCCAGCGGGGUCUGAACCUACUGCAGACCCCUCUUUUCCCUCCGGGCUGGCCCUGCCUGCCACUACAGGGCUGUUCGAAACUCUGCCACAGGCUUCAUCUGAGCCUGCUUUGCCACAUUUUAAAACACCUCCUCUUUCCCUGCCCCUCUCCAGGUGAGUCAGUGGAAGAAGGGUCAAGGCCAUCUCCUCAGGCCCCAACCACCGGCACUUUCUCUCAAAGUUCUGACCCAUCCUCUUCCCUCCAGCCCAUUUCACACUGGAAUGCAGUACUAGGAGAGCAGGCAGCCAGGGCUGCAGAGAUGAGGAAGGCCAGGAACCCAGCCUGCCCAUAGCCCCGGUAGAAGUCCAACUCUGGAAAGUUCUGGGAGGAUCUUGCUAUAGGACAAACAAGCCUCUGCCACCUGAUCCUCCAGGCCACCCUCAUAAGUUGUCAUCACAACGCCUUGCUCAUCUGCAACACUUUCCAACGCAUAUCUGUACUGUACCUGAUUUUAUCCAUGUAAUCCAUGCUCCGUGCAAUCCCUGCUCCCAUAAGAAGGGUAAAGCCAGAUGGCCCCAUUUCACAGACAAGGAAACACGCUUCUCUCAAACUCUGUAUCUUGCCUUAAGCCACAUCUCUGAUUAAGUAGAAGAGUAAGACUCAAAGCUCUAGAUGCCUUUUCUAAAGAGCAGAAACGCAAGAGAUUCAGGUUGUUCAUAGGACAAGCCCUACCAGGAAAAGAAAGUAGAUGUUCUUUACUAUUUUUCCUGCUUGUGUUCAAGUCUUGUUCUGUUCCCCAGUAUCCAGAAAGCUUCUAGACAGAGUUACAUAGCAGGGAAUGUGAGCAAAGGCAGCCUGCCUGAGGGAGACUUGCCCCUGUCUCUCAGCUCCCCUCAGCCAAGUACAGAUGGCUCAGGGGCUCAGCUGCUCACACCAACUCCUUGUCUCUCACUCAUCCCUCCUUUCCCUGGGAGCCUCCCCUGUGGAAGUGUCAGGCAGGAAAAUGUGGGGCUCAGAGGACCUUCCAGCAUGGAGGUUCCCCAGAGGAGCCUAGUGGUUCUGUGAGGACCAACAGUGGGCUAAAGAUUCCAAGAAUCAAGAAGGAGGCAGAAAAGGAAGAUGGAAGAGCACAAGGCAAGGGGAAAAUGAGGGAAGGAGGAAGGGAAAGAAGGGAUAGGGAGGGAAGAACAUAAGGAAGAGCGGGAUGAAGAGAAGGAAGGAGGGAAAAGGAGGGAGAAAUAAAAUGGAAGAGUUUACUUAAAAAUGUGUGUACUAAUAUACAUUAUGUUCCAGGUACUUAGUGUACUUAUGGUGGAUGUGUUUCUAAUAUUAUUAACAGAUAGAUUCACUUAGUACUUACAUUAUACAUCAGAUACCAUUCUAAUUUAUAUAUAUUAGAUAUAUACAUAUAUUAAAUAUGUAUAUAUAUGUAUGUUUGUAUAUACAUAUAUAUACAUAUUUAAUUCUCAAAACCACCCUGUAGUAAAGACAUUAGUAACCCAUUUUACAGUUGAGAAAGUUGAGGCACAGAGGAGUUAAGGAAUUUGCACAAAAACAGAUGCCUAAUAAAUUAUAGAGCCAGAAUUUGGGCCCAGUUUGCCUAACUCCAGAAGUUACUCCUCAUGGGAAGGAAACAUCUGCCUUUGAGGAUCCUACAGUCCAGGGCAAAAACAAUCAUGGGACAACAGCUUUAUUAUAGGAGUCCCCUCAUGGCAGUAUAAACAAGGGAAGUCACUGUCCAGACUAGGAAAUCUCCAAUCCUGGGUCUUCAGGGAUGAACAGGAGUCUGCCGGGGCAGGGGUAAGAAAGGGAGUUGAACUUCCCAGGGAAUGGCCUGUUAAAAAGCAGUGAAACAGGGAAAAGACCCAGUAUGGGGAACACUCAAGAGGUCCAGGGUGGCAGGAGUGUGGGAUGCACAUUGGGGAGCAGAAAUCAAGGGGGGCAGACAUGAAGGCAAGGGUUCAACCAGUAAGAGCCAUGUAUGGCAGGCUAGAACACAGGGACCCUGCAGGGUUUUUAAGUAGGGGAAUAAUAGCAAGACAAGCUCUGAUUUAGGAAGAGAACUGGUGGCAAAGAUGACAAGGCUUCGAAGAGGAGAGAGCGCUCUGCCACCCAAAAAGGCUCUGGGGGCUUCCCAGUUGUUCACUUGAGUUUGUUGGAGCUAAACAAUGCCAAUUUCCAGAUAGGUCCCAAAAGUCUUUGUGGUAGCUCCGAAGUUCUCUCCUGAAAGGGGUCUUCCUGAGAUCUGUCCCAUACCCUUCCCCAUCCCUCGUGCCGUCAGCCCACCUCGCCCACACAGGUAAACCCUAGGCUUAUUCUACCGCCAACACUCCCAGCUAGCCACUCUCCACAUAACAGGAAGCCCACUCGGCCUACCAUCUUGAGAGCUGCGCAACCAGGGUCACGGACCUCUGGGAAGACUUGCCAGGCUACCAGCUUUCCCUUGGCCUCCCCCACAGAAUCCAAGGCCUGCCUCUGCCAACCAUGCCCUGUGCCCACUUCCGAACCCAGCUGCAAUCAGCCAGCACAGCCAAAAGGACCAGGUCCUUAAUGUAGCUUGAGGGUGAUUGUGAGCCUUCCCCUCAAUUUUGGAAGCCCUGACUUUAUGAAAUGCCUAAUGCAAGAUUAAGAAAAUUCUCCCCAAAAGGAAGUUUCUCUAACAAACGCAGAUUAAAACGCUCUUAUUUCAACAGCCAAAUUCUAGAAACAAAGUCUCCCAGGGCAGGAAGAGUUCAGUCAGGUAACUUGCAUGCUUCAAAGUAUGGGUCCAUGUUUGCGUGUGGGGACCGGCAUAUGUGAAAGGGGGCUUGGGCUCAGUUCCCCCUGAGCAGGAUUCAGGGGAAGGGAGAACCCCUUUGACUCAACCAAGGGACCCUAAAAUGGCUGAUGAGAUGAUGUAUUUAAAAGCUCUUUGUAAAGUGUAAACUAACAACCUUUAAUGUAAGCUGUUACGACUAUCGUUGUUGCCGUGACUGACAUGCCAACAGGCCCAUGUAGAAGAUGGCUUUGCCUUUUCAAUUUCAGAAGAGAACCUGAGUCUGAUACUUCAGAAAAAGGACGGGACAAGGAAAAGAGGGGCAAGGAAAGAGAGGGAGAUUUCCUAGGGCCAGAGAAAGAGGGGAAAUCCCCCAGAAUGACCCUUCAGAACCCAGGAGCAGCCAGGAGGGUGAUGGAGCUAACCUCGCUUUCCACCAGGUACAAAGCUACCAUCAGAUUGAACCCUAUGGCCAAGCAGCCACCCGUCGCCUUUGCUGGGAGGAGAAGCCCCUAGCCUAAGUGGACCUGCCCCUCAAAACUCACAGGGCCUCAGGUAUCAGAGCUGAAGGAACCUGAGAGAAUCCCUGGUGAGGGAUAAACCUGAGAAUCAGAGAAAGGGAGUGUCUAAACCAGAGACCAAGGUCAUCCAACAAAUUAACACCAGAGGCAGGAACAGACCCAGGGGUCUACCCAGGACAUCUUUCUUCCUGCUACUCCACUGUGAGCAUCCAGGAAGAGUGAAAGUUGAGACAGACCCUAUGAUACCUUCUAGGUGGCCAGAAAAGUAUCCCCCCCCCCUUCCCCCACAGUGCACUCGGAUGGCUGGGAAGCUGGGGCAGUGCCUGGUUUGGUGGCACUUACCCUUAUGUUCUAGUCAGGAUCAGACUGUGCUAAAGGAAACGCUUGGGGAAAGUGGGUGCAAGAUGCCAGUUAGCCAGAACAAGCAAAGACAGAAUUGGGCAUUUGGCAAAGCCUAUUUCUCUAACUCAACAAGAGGUUCUAAGAAAAAACUUCUAAGAUGGUUUUUAAAAGUGUUACAGUGCCACUUCACCAUUAUGGGAUAAAUAAUGUGCAUUUUUUGAUUCAACAGACUGUCAUUAUCUGAUAUCAUUAAAAUGAGUCACAGGAGAGCUAUCAGAUGUUCCUGUGAAUACCAUAAACUCAG